AACAGACAUGGAAGCACCUGGUGGAGACCUCCACAGUCACUGAGCGCAGCAUUCGCUCUUUGAGCUGAUCUUCAUUUUCAAUACACCCUAAAGCCUGCGCCUUUGUUCUCGUUGGAGCUCUACCGGGACAUCUGGAGUCCAGGACAUUGAUUCCCUCACCAGCUUGUGUGGCAGUCUGGAAUCACCAAAGCUGAUGAGGAUCUACUGACUUGACCAGUUUUGUUCCAAUUUUUACUUUUGACAAGCGGAAAGAAUGUCGGAUAGGGCCGAUGAUGACGUCAGGGGGGAGCAGCAGCAGCAGCGCAGCAGAGCGGCCAGGCAGCUGAAGCAGCGGGGAGAAACCUCCACAGCAAUGGCGACUGUUGCGGAGCGCAGAUCCCUCCCUAGUCCUGAAAUAAUGCUGGGACAGCCGUGGAGCAGCUGGGUCGAUACUGUGAAACUGAACGGGAGUGACGGUACAGAAUUGGAAGAAAGUUUGAAAGAGUGCGGGAGAAAUCGCGAAGCCAUGAGACUCUUCAGAGACGAUAUGCCCAUCUUUGGUCAGUGUCCUGCACAGGACGACUUCUACCUGGUCAUGUGCAGCCACUGCAGUCAGGUAGUCAAACCCCAGGCCUUCCAAGCACAUUACGAGAGAAGACACAGCUCCAGCAACAAGCCCCCAUCCAGCUUUGCCUCUACUGCAUUCGCAAUCUCUCGGAAUAAGGGCAGCAUUGGGGGCGGAGUCGGGGGUGUGGUUGUCAGUGGAGGUACACUGACACGCCCCUCCAGCGCAAACAGCAGCAUCCCUAAAAUCUUCAAACCAGCCAAAGAGAAGCUGCCUAACAGGAAGCCUCACUUCCCCUAUAGGGUGCUGCAAGAAGAGAGCCUAAUUUCUGCAGUCAAAGUAGAGAAAGUCCAUCUGAAGGUGGAUUUUUCAGCCAAACUCACCCAUGUGCCCGCCUCCUCUUCCACUUCCUCCUCCUCUUCCUCUUCCUCCAAUACUGUGAGCACCUCUCCGCUGAAGCCAGGCCUUAACUUCACCUCCAUACCAAAGGCUCCACAGAUGGCCCCUGGCCAGAUCCCCAAUGGAAAGGGACAUCUCUCAUCCCUUGACAAGAAACAGGACAACUCAUCCCUUGACAAGAAACAGGACAACAGCGGUGCUAGUAGCAAAAGACCCUUAUACAAGAGACAAGAACGGGAAUUUAAUCCAGAUAUCCAUUGUGGUGUUUUGGAUAUGACAGCACGUAAGCCAUGCACAAGAUCCUUAACAUGCAAGACACAUUCCAUUAGCCAGAGGAGGGCGGUGCUCGGUCGGCGGCAACGCUUUGACACACUGCUUGCUGAGCACAAGAGCAAAGCACGUGACAAGGAGCUGCAGUUCAGGUUGGACCCCUCCCACCCAGCACCCCCUCUCAGGGACCCUCCCCCCUCACGCCUCUCACAAGACCCUCACCCAGUCUCCCAUGGCAAUGGCACUGCCGAUGCCUCCAAGCCUUUGCCCCUCAGCAAACCCAAACCUCAUAAUUCUGGGCUUCCACGACUAAACAGCAGUUAUUCUCACAGUGGAGGAGACCCAGCCAUGGCCCACGAGCAGGCCCACCAUUCUCAUCUGGCCUCUGCCAGUACCGAGGCCAGCCGUCUCUCCAGCGAUGAGGGGGAGAAUGAGGAGAGAGAGGAGAGCACAGAGAAACUGGACUGCCAUUAUUCGGGUUACCACCCACGACCAGCUGCUUACUGCACUUUUGGAAGUCGAUUGUUCGGUAGAGGUUGUUAUGCAUUUGACCGGCGCUGGGAUCAAGUUCGGUGUGCUCUGACCACCAUGUUUGACAAACAUGUCAACUCACAAAUGUGGAAAAAAAUCCCUCUGGUAUUGGAGAACUCUUCAACAACACUAACAGCCUCUCACCGGGCAAGCACAAACUCCCACUCUUUCUCUUCAUCCUCCUCCAUUUCCACAGGCUUUCACAGCCUGUCCUCACCACCACCCUAUGACAGCAAGCCAGUCCUGUCAUACGGCACCACCCUGAAUGCCCGCUCUUCUCAGCAAGCCUCCACCACCGAGCAGCCCGCCUACAGUGGCAUGUCUAGACAAGUGUCUGCCUCAUCACCCCAGAUGCCUUCAGCCCACUCGUCCUCUCUCCCCUCUCUGGGCUCCAACCGACCCCUCAAAUCCAGAUCUGGAACAAAGUCCUUCAGGGUGAGGGAGCUAUCCUCCAGCCUAAAUAACUCUAUCGUCAAGGGCAGCACUAAUAGCAGUGCUAGUGUCAGCAGUAGCGGGAGCAGUAGCCUCAGUUCAGGCAAAAAGCGGAAAAACAGCUCCCUGUUAACCUUGCAUAGCACUUACACCUCGGAAUCUUCCUCCUCUUCAUCUUUUAAGAAGAACUGUGCUGUAAACUCGGGCAUCCUGGGGAGCACAUACCACACUACGCUUGCCUCUACUCCAACUUCAUCUUCAUCUUCAUUGUCAUCUUCAUCCCACAGUGGGGUGUACAGUGUGGGGGUAAACUGCACUCCAGGCAGGGCCAACUCUUUGAGUUUAAAGCAGGAGUCGACAGGUCGCGGUCCUCCUUCAGGAAGCCCGGCAGAGUCUAUUAAGCGAAUGAGCGUGGUUAUGAACAGCAGCGACUCUACCCUCUCCCUCGGCCCAUUCAUACACCAGAGCAGCGAUCACCACGGAGAUGCACGCCUGGAAGCCAAAAGGAGGAAGGGCUCGCCUGGCUCAAGUAGCCUCAACAGCACAGCAUCUGGAACAGGAGGGGGAGGAGGACAGGGUCCUGGCAGGCCCAAAAUGGCCAAGUCUCCAUCAAUCAACAACAUCCACAGCAAAAACGCUCGCUCUAUACCUGGACCCCCGGGGCUUUCCAACAAUUCUCUCAUUCAUCAGACAAAGGCUCGUCCCUGACACAGGUGUGGAAGCUCUGAGCGUGCUGAGCAGUAGGCUGGACCCAGAGCUCCCUCGGCCCCCUCAUGCCACUCUGCACGAGGCCUUCUUUUUCUCUUACUCUUCCUACAAUCCUCAGGGUGGAACGCACACUGGGUGGCCCAUUGAUGUCCUUCAUGGGGAUUUCCUCUCAAAGCCAUGCAGGGGCACUCUGCGGGGAUAGGAUAAUAAGCCAGAGAGAUCUAGUUCUCUUGACGGAUGUUAUAAUGAAUCUAUACAAUGCAACAUUUGGUACAAUGCCUGCUGCGUAGAGCAAGAGCUGCCCAGCUCGAGUACUUCUGCUGGGGUUCGAAGGAACAGAUUUGGGCUGGUACGUAGCCUCACCGACACUACCAAGCAUUGGAGGGAUGUGCUACAUGGGCAACUUAGCUUGAGUAUGUGGACUAACGAAUGCAAGUGUGUGACGCCAGAACACUGGAAACUUAAAUCCUACUCUGCCUGAACUGAGUCUUGGAGGAAGUGUACAGGAGAGCAAGGAAACAUCAAAUGUUCCUGCAUAGAAACACAAUCAACUAAAGUUAAACAUAAUACAUGAUUGCUUGCUCGCUCACUGGCAGGCUGAAUACGAUGUUCAAGCUGUGCCCACUGCAGACAGGAGUGGAGUUUUGAAAAUGAGCAACUUAAACUUAAAGAUUAUGCAAAUUAGAAUUUUUCAAAUUUCUUCAGACCACAUUUUGUUUACAGGCUUAAAAAACUAGCAAAUAUAUAGCAAACAGAACAAAGUACCAUUCAGGAUUCAUCAUGACACAUGAUACGUGAAAAACAAUUAUAAGUAAAUUAAACUAAAAAACCUAAAACCUAUAUCUUGAAUUUAGAUAAUAUUUUUCAAGGGAAUUUGAAUUACCUUGAGACUUAUUUAAGAGAAAGGUUUGGUUACUUUGGCUUACUUUCUUGCAAUUCCUUUUUUUUUUUCUUUUUUUUUUUAACAGUACAAUCAAAAAUGAACUUGAACACCCUGCAUUGGCUAAAGCACUUGUUUUAACCACAUUCAUUUAUUAGAGAUUUCGGUAAUGAUAUUUUUCAGCUUUAUGUUUGUAGCCAAGCAACAGUUGUCUCCUGAAACUCCAAAAAAACUUGAGAAAACACUGUAAUCCACUUAAAGUUCACUAGUUCACCCAAAAAUGAAAAUUCUCCCAUCAUUUACUCCCCCUCAUGCCAUCCCAGAUGUGUAUGACUUUGUUUCUUCUGCAGAACACAAACAAAGAUUUUUAGAAGAAUAUCUCAG